AUGCCCCGCUGGACGUUUCAUCUCUCUUCAGGUAUUCUUUCUGAUCUCCAAAAGGAUCAGCUCGCAAAUGCCAUCACUGAAAUCUACACAAAUAUUGGAUUCCCUGCUUUCUGGGUGAAUGUGUUUUUCAAUGAAUCCCCGACUCGUGGUUACUACGUCGGCGGAAAACAUAAACACCGCAGCGUGUUUCUCAUAGUUGACCACGCUGCUCAGUCUUUUGGGUCAGAGGAAACUCGUCUCAACUUCCUCGCCAGCAUCGACAAAAUCGUCCGCCCAAUCUUCGAACCACAAAAUAUCGAUUGGGAGCUCAAUGUUUACGAACAUCCCAGCGACAACUGGAGAAUCAAUGGUAUGAUACCGCCAGUUGGAAAUCCAGUUAUGUUGGAGAAGUGGGUACAGGCAAACAAACCUGUGCCUUUCUAA